AUGUGUACGAAUGAUAUUCUUCUUGCAGCUGCUCUUGAUUCAAGUAAUGUGCCUCCUGCAAAAUCAUUCAUUGAUAACUGCUGUACGAAUAAUGUCAAAUUUACCCAAACUUAUGACGAAAAUAUUUAUGAUAAUGGAGUUAUACCUUCUAAACAUUUAGUCAUAAUAUGUUGUAUGGAUGCACGCUUAGAUAUAUUUCGUAUGCUAGGAUUACAACCAGGUGAAGCACACAUCAUUCGAAAUGGUGGUGGUCGUAUUCGUGAUGCUGUUCGUUCACUUAUUUGUAGUCAAACGUUAUUUCAAACAAAAGAAUUAAUGAUUAUUCAUCAUACUGAUUGUGGUUUUACUUAUUUUUCAAGCAAUGAUCAAAUAUUGGCAUCACUCAUGGUGCAAACAGGAACACUAAAAAGUAAUUUAAUUCUCCCCCGAUCAAGGUAUCAAUUUGAUAAAUCUGAUUUUAUGCCAGUUGUUGACAUCGAACAAUCAAUUCGUGAUGAUCUUGCUGAAUAUAAGCAAUAUCCAAUGUUGAAUCAGAAUAUAAUUCGUCGUCAAUCAUUGACAUUAGAUAUUUCACCAAUUGGUACGGUUCAAAUAGGAGUUCGCUCGUCAAGUAAAAUUCGUCCUUUGAAUGACGAUAAGUUUUCAUCUGCUACAACUUUUGAUCAUCAUUCGCUUCCACGUAAAAGAUCAAGUAAACGAUCAUCUAUUGUAACACAUUCUCUUAACAUCAAUUCAUAUCCAAGUCGAAGAAAACAACGAAAGGAACGAAGAAAUUUCGGUGCUCCUUGCCGUUUUUGUACACCUUUGUGUGUGACUUGGUCUGUGCUUGCUGCUGCUCUUCUUGUUUGUGUAAUUGCUACGAUUUCUAUUGCUGUCUUAGUUAAAGACAAAUCUCCAAUAACAACAGCAUCGAUAACGACUCUCACAACCAUAUCAACAACAUCAUCGAUAACUCGUCAACUUCUUCAAGCUCGUCAAGCUCUUCAACCUCCUCAAGCUCGUCAACCUCGUCAAGCUCGUCAACUUCCUCAAGCUCGUCCAGCUCGUCAACCUCCUCAACAAGUAAGAUAA